AAGUUAACCAAUGAAAUGUUUAUUUACUUCCGGUGAAGAGUUCAGCUGCAUUGCUGUAUCUGAAUGAUAACGUAGUGGAGAUAAAGUUUAUUAAAUACCCCAACAUCUCAUAACAACUGAGGAUAACCUCAAUGAAGGCAAGGACAAAGAUGGAGUCCAAUGAGGAGGGGGGCCUCAGUGUUGGGGGCUCUAUGGGAGAGGAGAACUACUUCUUGGGAUACACCUUCACUGACCGCUCCCACUCGAGCAGAGUGGUGAAGAGCAUCAUGGACCUGUGUCUGGAGGACGGCCUGUUUGCUGAUGUCACCAUCACCGUGGACAGCAAAGAGUUUCACCUGCAUCGGCUGGUGCUCUCAGCACAGAGCAGUUUCUUCCGCUCCAUGUUCACCUCCAACCUAAAAGAGUCCCACAACCGUACUAUUGAACUGAAGGAUGUCAGUGCCACUGUCUUUCAGCUGCUGAUUGACUACAUCUAUCAUGGCAUGAUUAAACUGAGGGUGGAAGAGCUGCAGGACACCUAUGAGAUGGCAGACAUGUACCAGCUCACUGCUCUGUUCGAGGAAUGCUCCCGCUUCCUCUCACGAACAGUGGAGGUCAAGAACUGCCUGCAGGUGAUGUGGCUUGCAGACAGACACAGUGACCAAGAACUGUAUACUGCUGCCAAACAUUGUGCUAAAAAUCACCUGGCCCAGCUGCAUCAGACUGAAGAAUUUCUCAAUCUGCCUCUUUGUCUCCUCCUGGACAUUAUCAAAGAUGGCGUUCCAAGCUCCCAGAAUCCAAAAGUGGCAAUUGACUCAUGGAUAAACCACAACAAGGUGGAGAGGGAAGAGUUUUCUUGUAUCCUCCAAGAAAAUCUCAAGGAAAUCGGUGAGAAUGUCCACAUUUACUUGAUUGGGAAAGAAGAGACGAGGACCCACUCCCUGGCUGUGUCGCUUCACUGUGAUGAGGAUGAUGCGAUCAGUAUAAGUGGCCAGAACAGUUUAUGCCAUCAGAUCACUGCAGCAUGUAAACAUGGUGCUGACCUGUAUGUGGUGGGGGGCUCUAUUCCCCGCCGCAUGUGGAAGUGUAACAUGCACACCAUGGACUGGGAGCGCUGCGCCCCACUGCCUCGAGAUCGCCUCCACCACACCAUGGUCUCAGUCUCCAGUGAAGACGCGAUCUACUCACUAGGAGGGAAGACGCUGCAGGACACACUCUCUAAUGCUGUCAUCUACUACACAGUGAAGGACAACAUGUGGACAGAGACCAGCCAGCUGGACACUGCCGUAUCAGGGGCUGCUGGAGUUAACCUGGGAGGUACCAUCUACCUGCUUGGAGGAGAGGAGAAUGACAUGGACUUUUUUACUAAGCCAUCCCGUCUCAUUCAGUGCUUUGACACCUCCACUCAGAAGUGCCAGAUCAAACCUUACAUGUUGCCCUUUGCGGGCUGCAUGCAUGCAGCUGUCCACAUGGAUGUGAUCUUUAUUGUAGCAGAAGGAGACUCCCUGGUGUGCUACAACCCUCUGCUGGAGAGCUUCACCCGCCUGCGCUUCCCUGAGGUCUGGAGCUGCAUUCCUUCACUGUGGAAGGUGGCCAGCUGUAACGGCUGCAUUUACGUCUUCAGGGACAAGUGUAAAAAAGGCGAUGCAAACACGUUAAAGUUUAACCCGGCUACAUCCGUUGUUUCCGUUAUCAGAGGCAUAAAAAUCCUUCUCACAAACUGGCAGUUUGUUUUGGCUUAAACUGUCUUCUGGCCCACACACUAACUGCAGAGAAUCAGGCAAGACUGUUGGAUAACUUAGCUUGACUCCACUGUUCAGACAUUCCGGGAGGAGACCUGGUCUUAAAGUAUUUAUUCAGCUGGUUUCUGUGUUACUCAUUUCAUGCAAACUCCAGCACCCCACCAGUAAAAACUGUUGAGUGGUGUGCAUCACUUUGCUUGUAUAACGGUGUGUCUCAUGUGGAUCCCUUAGCUGAGAAGUCAAACAAUAUGUGGUGAUGCUGUAACCAGUGAUGAACUAAUCAGCAUUGUUUCCUGUGCACUGCUUGAUGUUUGACACACAUGAACAACUUCAGUGUAAAGACUUUUGCUGAACAUGAAACAUCCUUCAGUAUAUCAUAUCAUGAUGUUGUAGGCUGAAUAUUCUCAGAUGUUAUAUUUUAAGUUAGUGUUCAUAAACAUAAUUACAGGGGAUGUUUUCUAAUGUUUAAAUUUUUCC